GACUCUCAUGAUCCGCCUGCGUUGUCGGCUGCGGCCAUAGACACCGCUGCUCCAGACUGGACUCAGAUUGAAGAAGAGGAUUAUAACAUGCUUGUCAAAUUACAACGACCGCACUUGAGAGAAGAGUUUUUUGACCACCUCCAGUCUCAUGCAUCUAAUAUCCGUGAUAUUGUUUCACAUCACCUUUCCUUGAAUAAGACCCAGCAGUGCAAGAUCUCGGCUAGGUCCGAAUGGCUAUAUGGCGACUUCAAUACUUGUGUCCCAAUCACCAUUACCAACUGGCGGGAACAGCGACUUUUACUCAGAUGCCCAUUCCCGCACAUGGUUGGAGGUCUAACCGAGUUGGAUGAAAAGACUCGGUGCGAAGCUGCUACUUUUGCCUGGAUAUCGUCUAAUUGUCCUCAAAUUCCAAUUCCUCGCCUAUGGGGGUUUGGUCUUGGAAAUGGGUUAAGU